GGCAGGGCCACUUAGUGAUCAGUCUGCUUAUAAAGGCGGAGUGCGUCGGAUCCGCCUUGAAUACGCAAUAUAGUUUUUAAUUCCUCACAAUCAGAAUUAACAAUCAUGGAAAGUGACAGAAACGAUCGUCCUCUGAUCGAUUCUGUGAUUGAACAAGUCGAUGACCUGCAGGAAGGAGCCGUCGGUGGUGCUCAAGACGAGUCAGAUAUGUCCUUAAUUACAAACAACUUUUCCAAUGCAUCAGUUAUGACACCUACGGAGAACAACGCAAUUGCCUCCAAUAAGAGAACGCGCUUUUACAACAUGAAUAACAAGAACCGCGGCGUGGCGCUGAUUUUCAACCACUACAAAUUUGAUGUUUAUGGAUUGCCGAAAAGGGAAGGAACGGACAGAGACAAGACGGCGCUGGUCGAUGCUUUCAAAAAGCACGCUUUCCAUGUCCCGAACAUAGAAGAUGAUUUGUGCAUCUCGGACAUUGAAUACACAAUUAAAAAAGAAAUUGUGAAUGCUGAUCACUCCGAUUCCGACUGCGUUGCAAUUGCAAUUUUGUCGCAUGGAAAUGAAGGAGACAUGGUCUACGCCAAGGAUAGGAAAUAUUCUCUGUCCAAAUUAUCGGACAUGCUCACCGCUGACAAGUGUCCAGCGUUGGCCGGAAAGCCAAAAUUGUUCUUCAUCCAAGCGUGCAAAGGAGAAAAAAAGGACGAAGGUCGUAAAAUAUCUGUGGAUUCAUUCAACCAAUCCAGCCAAAGUUACUUUACCAUCCCAUGUGAAGCCGAUUUUUUCUUUGCCUUCUCCACCGUUCCAGGAUAUGUAUCGCAUAGAAGAAUAGGUUUUGGAUCUUGGUUCAUUCAAGAGCUUUGCUUCAAACUGAUGGAGGACGACAGUCACGAGCGAAGCAUUUUCCAAUUGAUGACAGAGGUCGUGGGCACGGUGGCCAUCGAGUACGAAUCUUCGGAUAAAAAUCACAAGCAGAUUCCAUCGUUUGCUUCAAGACUUACAAAAGACUUAAUUUUUGGUGUAAAAAUGAAUCUAAAUCAUGACGGCAACAAUCUUCCUCUGAACGAGACUGUGAAUGACCAAGUCGAAGAAAUGGAGCUGGAAGGCGCAGUCGGCGGUGCUCAAGACGAAACCGACAUUUCCUUCAAGCAAUUAAAAAAAAUAUUCACUUCACGAGUCCCGGUGAACAACCAAAAUGACCCAACUUCCAUUCCAGUAAUAAAAACGAAAAAGGAAGCUCGCUUUUACAACAUGAAUUACAAGAAACGCGGCGUUGCACUGAUUUUCAACCACAACAAGUUUAGUGAGACGUCCGGAUUGGAACCAAGGAACGGAACCGACAAAGACAAAGCAGCACUGGAGAAGGCCUUUAAAAAGCACGCUUUCCAUGUCCCUGAUAUAGGAGAUGACUUGCGCUUAUCUGACAUUGAAUACGUGAUUAACAGAGACAUUGUCAAAGCUGACCACACCGAUUCAGACUGCGUUGCGAUUGCAAUUUUGACUCAUGGGAAAGAAGGAGACCUACUCCACGCCAAGGACAAGAAAUAUUCUCUGAUCAAAUUGGUGGAGAUGCUCACCGCAGAAAAUUGUAAAUCAUUAGCCGGGAAGCCCAAAUUGUUCUUCAUCCAAGCUUGCAUGGGUAAAAAAGAAGACAAGGGACAGAAGAUAUCCACUGAUUCGGCUGGAUUCGGACACAAAAGCUACUUCACCAUACCAUGCGAAGCAGAUUUCUUCUUCGGCUACUCCACCAUUCCAGGCUACGUUGCACACAGAAGAGGGACCGGAUCUUGGUUCAUUCAGGAGCUUUGCGCCAAGCUGAUGGAGGACGACAGUCACGAGCGAAGCAUUUUCCACUUGAUGACGGAGGUUGUGGGUACCGUGGCCAUCGAGUACAAAUCUUCGGAAAAAAAGCACAAGCAGAUUCCAUCUUUCACCUCGAGGCUUACUAAAGAUCUCAUUUUCGGUGUCAAAGCGAGUGAAAACUGACGAAUGAUCUCUUUCGCAACAAUUUUAAAAAGUUUAGAAAAAACAUGACCAUAAUGAACAAUAAUUAGAAAAUAAAAUUUAUGACU